AUGUCGUUCAUUCAGCGGACAAAUUCAGUGCUCCGAUCCGGCAGACAAUCGUAUUUGAGAUUCUUUAGCGUCGACGACGUGAUAAACUAACUCAUAGGCCUCGGCUCGGAGCUCCGUAAGGCUGAAGCACCAACCAAGCCAUAGCGGCAUCAAUCGCUGGCUUCUAAUUGUUUGCCUCCAUCCUCUCUCUUUUGCCCCCAUUCCUAAAGCCGCUUGUUGCCCCGCCGGAAGAAAUGACCCCUCCAGCAAAUUCCAAAUUCUCAGGCGCUUCUCUGCUGCUGGGUCCGAAACUCCGGGGGCUGCUGCGUCCGAAACUCCGGAUCUGGGACACCAGCCGUUUUGAAGCACUAAGCCGAGUGCCACUCUUAAGCGCAAAACGUCACCGGUGGAAUGACUUGAAGAGGAGUCGCUUUAUAUAUUCUGCCGCAGCCCAGCCUGGUGAAACCCUGACUUUGCAUCGCCAUCGCAUCCCCCUUCUGAACACAUCUUCGCAUCGCAGACAGUUUUCAGCCAUGGCUUCCGCUACCAACUUCUUCGAGUUCAAGGCGCUUGAUGCCACCGACAAAGAAGUCCCUCUGUCCGAGUUCAAGGGCAAGGUCGUCCUGGUCGUCAACACCGCCUCCAAGUGCGGCUUCACCUACCAGUACAAGAACCUCGAGUCCGUCUACCAAGAGAUCAAGAAGGAGUACCCCAACGACUUCACAGUCAUCGGCUUCCCCUGCAACCAGUUCGGCGGCCAAGAGCCCGGCACCAACGAGGAGAUCCAGAACUUCUGCUCGCUGGACCAGAAGGUUACCUUCCCCGUCUUUGGCAAGAUCAACGUCAACGGCGACGAUGCGCACCCCCUGUACAAGUGGCUGAAGCACGAGAAGCCUGGCCUGCUUGGUCUCGAGAGGGUCAAGUGGAACUUUGAGAAGUUCCUUAUCGGCCGCGAUGGCAAGGUUGUUGACCGAUGGGCCAGCACCACUGAGCCUGAGAAGUUCCAGAGCAAGAUCAUUGAGGAGAUUAAGAAGCCUGCGCCUGCGUCAUAAGCUUGUAUUGAUGCGUGCAGUGGACGAGCGGAGGAAAAUAGAUGUAUUGUUAAUAGACAAGUAUGUAACGUGUGAUGACAUUAUACCAGAUUAGCCGUCAUCAUGCCUUAUUUAUGAAACUAUGCCUUGCGUAACUGUU